AUGGAGCAAAUACAUCUCUUCACCAAGAAACUAAAACCAACCCAUAUCAGCCAUACUCUAUCUGUUCCAACCCAUGUCCUUGAGGCUUUUCAGAUUCCUGAAGGAACCCAUAUGAUGAAAUUUGAAGCAGUCGAUGCUACUGAUAAUGUGUGGAGGUUUUGUUUAUCAACCCGUCUGACAGGAGUGUAUCCCAAACCGGUUCUUCUCCGCUCUUCUUGGCUUCGUUUUGUAAAGCAGAAAGGUCUUGUUCCCAAUGAUAGGGUGGUUUUCUUUAUGGAGAGGGAUGAGGCUAAUGAGAUGAGGAGCUACACGGUUAGAGCUCAACGAAAAGUCAUGCACUUGAUGGGUCAAGAUAUUUGGGUCGAAAAGCCGGUGGCAAAAUUCAGUCUCUUUCAAGUUGUUGACUUGCUUUCAUACAUCCGCCUAUCCCGUCCAAAAAUUCCUCACGUACCUCAUCAAAUUCAGUAA